AUGCAACUCAUUACCUUUCUCGCCGCAAUCGGUGCCCCCAUGGCCCUUGCCGCUACCAUCCCAAGCGUUCCCAUGAACCAUUCCAUGAUCGAUAUUCAACUAUCCGCCUCUGGCAACUCCAUGAUCAAGGCUGUCAUUACCAAUCAGGGCGCUGAGGUCCCAUUCACUGGAAUGCUCCCCCGCUAUAAGACCUCUGAUCUUGCUCCUGAAUCCUUCAUUAGCCUCGGCCCCAAAGCCAGCAUCGAGCAUUCGUUCGAUCUCGCUACCACCCAUGACUUGAGCCGUGGUGGGAAGAUCACCGUUGUAGCCCAUGGCACUGUCCCUACCGCUGAGGAGAAUGGCACUACCAUUACUGGACAUACUGUGUAUGAAUCUAACGAGGUCACUAUGGAAGUUGAUGGAAAGAAGGCUGCUGCUAUUGAGCAGGCCAUGGGAAUGAUCAAACCAUCCGGGUCUAUUGACAAACGCACCAACAUUGAUACUUCUAGUUGCCAAGGAGAACAACUUAACGUCUUGGAAACCGCUCUCGCUAAUUCUGCUCGUCUUUCACAAGCCGCCGCUAGCGCUGCUCAGAUGGAUAUGCAAAAGGUCCAGGAAUACUUCAAGGCCACUGAUAGCCGUACCGUUCAGACAAUCGUCUCCCGUUUUGAGUCAGUUGCCCGCGAAUCUAGCUCUCAGACGUCCGGUGGUACCACUUAUUACUGCAACGAUAGCAUGGGUGGCUGCAAGCACGGCGUCCUCGCAUACACUCUUCCAUCUCAGAACAUCGUUAUCAACUGCCCAAUCUACUAUUCCGAUCUCCCAGCACUUGCCAAUUCUUGCCAUGCUCAGGAUCAGGCUACCACUACACUCCAUGAGUUUACCCAUAACCCAGCUGUCGUCUCUCCUUACACCAAAGAUCUUGGCUAUGGCUAUCAGCGCGCCUCUGCUCUCCCAGCGUCCAAGGCCAUCCAGAAUGCUGAUACUUAUGCUCUAUUUGCCAACGCUGUCUACGUUGGCUGCUAA